AUGACUACCGCCCAUCGUCCCACUUUUGACCCCGCCCGCGGCAAAGACUCCUUGCGCGGUCCCGGAUAUCAUCAACGCCUGCUCCCAGCCCACAAGACCCUCAAGUUCCGUCAAGCCACACAAGGAACCACCGACGAGCACUCUGCCCGCGACCUACGCGCCGAACUCUUGCGCGCCGAACGCCGUCACUUUGCCAAGAAGGAAGGUCGCGAACUGUCACCCGAGGAAGAUGAACAAGCAACACCCCAACUCGCUCUCGAACAAGCCUCGACCGAUGGCAAGAGUCUGAAGCGCAAUCUCGAGGAUAGAGCCAGUGGAGAAUCACAGGAUGGAGAGCAAGACGAGGAAGACUAUGAGGCCAAACGAAGGAGAGUGCUGGAAGAAACUCGCGAUGUUGAUGCCGAUUCAGACGACGCAUCAGAAGAAGACUCUGAUUCCUCAGAUGACGAAGACGACGAUGAUGACGAAGCCGAGCUGAUGCGCGAGUUGGCAAAGAUCAAGGCCGAGCGCGCAGAGGCUGCUGCAAGAGAGGCUGCCGAGCAAGCUGCCAAAGAAGAAGAACAGCAGAUGCGAGAUAUCGCUACUGGAAACCCACUCCUUAACAAGGAGCGUNNAGGAGCAUACGAUGUCAAGCGAAGAUGGGAUGAUGAUGUCGUCUUUAAGAACCAGGCCAGAGGAACAGAAGACAANAAAGGCAAGGAGUUUGUCAACGACUUGCUGAGAUCCGACUUCCACAGACGCUUCAUGAGCAAGUACGUGCGAUAG